AUUCCUCUUUCUUAUCUAUUUAUAUUUUUCUUGUAGCGUUCAUCGAUUGCUUGGAAAGGCUUUGUUUCCGAUGACAAAAAUCGGUACUCCGUUGGUGUCUACUCUACAAAGAAUAUCGAUCGUGUCUAGGGAUGAAAGUCUGGGAAGCAUUUCCCAAGUGUCAUACUCUUUCGGCUAUGUUAGAAAGUCAAUUUGGUAAGCCUAAAGAGGAGGAUGUCCGACAACGACUGUUGAAAUUAAUUCAGAACUCAUAGCGGGGUUCCCCAAGGUGCCGCCGAGACUGAAACGAUUCAUUUUGCAUCAUUUUUUUUUCGGACAACAAUCAAACGAUUAACUGUCUUACUCAGUUCCCUGACGUUGCUCUAUUGAAGAGAUGGAUCGUCGCCGUGAGGCUGGUAUACGCAGCAUUCAUCCAUCUUUUGGAAAGGCUUUGUUUCUGAUGACAAAAAUCGGUACUCCGUUGGUGUCUAUUCUACAAAGAAUAUCGACCGUGUCUAGGGUGAAAGUCUUGGAGGCAUUUCACAAGUGUCAUACUCUUUCAGCUGUGUCAAAAAGUCAAUUUGCAUUCAUCCAUCCUUUGGAAAGACUUAUUUUCCGAUGAAAAAAAACAGUGCUCCAUGGUUUCUAUUCUACAAAGAAUAUCGACCGUGUCUAGGGGUGAAAGUCUGGGAGACAUUUUCCAAGUGUCGCACUCUAUCGGCUGCGCCUAAGAGAUUGAAGAAUUAUUUUUCAGAAGCAUAAUGCAAUCUCUGGAAUAUCCGUGUCGUUGGUCAUGGAGUAUUUUGCGAUCCUUUCUUCCAGGAAAGCACUUACCACGACAGCUAUGACAGCGUAACCACAUAACACGAUCACCGGGAGGAACAGAGAAUGAACGCGAGCACCAAAAGCACCCUGGGUAACUUUAGAGGGGUGUGCAGAAAAUGGCGGUGCAAAUUUGAGAUAUAGCGCUAGCUAGAAAGUUUAUGAACGAAGAGCACGCGAAAAAGCCAGGUGAACUUACAUGUUUAACAUUCCACUCCACAAAUCUGAAAAGAGUUACAAGUUUAUUUUGCAAGCAAUCUGCUAUCAGAGGAAUGGAAGAAGUACAUCGAAAUGCUUGGCUGACCGAGACAAAUGGAAUUCCACAAGACUUGUCGUACAGGUAUACAGGUAUACAGGAUUGUGAAACAGAGAUGUUGGGGUCAAAUGCAGGAGCUACAAGCCAUAGACUUAGAGACAUGAACAGUGGAUUGCAAGUUAUGGAAGAAAGCAUAAAAAUUCGAGAUUAUGUUCUUCAAAUGACACGAGAGUAGUAAAUGAAAAAAAAGGGGAGGAAACUUAAAACGAAACUGUACAGACCUUGAUAAUGACGGUUAUGAUUAUUAUUGUUUUUCAUCCUUGAAAAUUAGCCUUGUGGCCGCUUUUGAGGAAACAUUAUGUUGUUUUUUGAACCGUUUUGUUUAGACUAGAAAUGCUAAUAUAUACUGGAAAAUUAUUCAUGAAGAGGUCUCCAGGCACUGAUUUAUCAACAGAAACGGCUUAAGUAUGGUUAUAAAGCUGAAAAUAAGACUAAAUGACACAAAAAUUACUUUAACUAAUCCUCUUUAUGUGUUUUUUCUGAUGUGAUGAGAGAUUAACAUAAACUUGCAAGUUAUGACGGAAAGCUGGAAAUUCGAGAUAAUGCACUUGAAAUGAUAAGAGAUAUCUAGAUUUUAGAAAGAAAAUAACAAGUUCGAUGAAUUAGACAACCCACACAAAAUUUCAAAAUUUCUGUUAAAGAGGGUAUCCAACUACACUGAAGAAGUUGAUUUUUCAGCUUAAAGUUUCUCAAAGGGGGUUGAAGAGGGAAGAAGGAACCUUUGGACAAUAUCAUCGAAAGAUUAGCAAUGUAUAAGUGGAUUCACCAAAAGGUUUCAGUUUUAAUUGUAUUUUACUUGAUAAAUUGGAUGACGAUGAUGAAAAGGCUAUUGUCUCAUACAGCUGAGUGUAGUUUUAGCUACUCAUUCAAUGGGGAAUAAAAUUCACAAAUGGUAAACUCAUAUUGAUAUUCUCUUGGUCUUUCAAGGUUAAGCUUUCUUCAAAUUCUGUGUUUUUUCUUCCACUUCAUUAGAAGUUCUAAAAGAAGAGUCAAUAAUCGCUUUUUCUCAGGCUGCGAUAUAAGCUG